UAAAAUCCUGUUGCCGGAGACCCCAGUGGUGUCACAUGUCUCGUAGCUUUCAAACUUCGUGGAACCAACUUCAUUGUACACUACGUAUUUGCUUUGUGGAAGCCACUCGUUCGCCUACACGGAUCUUACUGAAGUACUUUUAUUUGCAGCGUGUUUGUGGAUUUUUUAUUAAACGGGCCGCAUUUACCGAGGUACAUAUAGGUAACGAUGGCCGUUUGUUUUAUAGUUAGUGUUUUGUAUUUGCUGGUCUCUGCUUCGCAGCCAGAAUGCGUGGAUAGCACUGGAGAGUACUGUCACGGCUGGGCCGACUCAUACAACAUCUGGCACAAGGGCUUUCAAUGUCCGGAGCUUUACGACGGCGAUGAUUCAAGGUAUUGCUGCGGGACUUGCACGCUAAGGUACUGCUGUAAAGCAGCAGAGGCCAGGUUGGACCAGAGCAGCUGUGACAACGACAAAUUUUUUGAGUUUGAAAAAGACGGGAAGACGGGCGCUAAACCUCCGCAAGUGCCCACAUACUUGCCAUUCCUGAUUGUCGCAAGCGCCUUUGUGUCCUUCGUGGUUGUCGGGACUGUCUUCGCCAUCUGUUGCUGCCGCUGCCUGAAACCCAAGCCUAGGGACCGUCAGGGUGGAUCAGUGCCAGCCCAGAGCCGCCUGCUAGAGUCUAGUGGCCCCUCCUCAGAUGGAAUGACACCAUCCCGCCAUUCCAGUGCCAGCUCAAGUUCUGCAGGGAGGUCCACUGCGACAGCGAGGCAGCAGAACAUUUGCGCCCCUGGCACAGAGGUUACAGUCAACAUGUACGGGCCAGCGGGGUGUGGGUACCCAAUUGCGGCCUCGCAGGCCCAGCAGUACAUACCUGCUGCACAGCCCCAUGGCCCCUUCUUCCAGCCCUACUUGAACUAUGGAAUUGUUCCGGAACACAGCAUGAUGAUGACCCAAGCCUUCUUGGACAACCGCUCAGCCUACACCCCGCAACCGGCCCAUUCCUUCCAACAGGCCCCCAUGCACACUGAACAGUUGUACACAGGGGUGAACAUAUGAGGCCGCUGUUAGACUCAUACAGCAGUUGAUUUGUAACAGCUACAGAGCAGCUUGUGUUCGACAUUGGGAUCAUGCAAGGAAAGAGGCUCUAAUGAGUUGAGAACCCUACAGAGAUUCAAUAUAUGUGCUAAAGAAACAUGAACGUGGGCGGUUCAUUGGAUACCUGUUUGGUGCUCAGUGAAUUCCAACAUUGUGGUCUUUACAAGGACUGCCAUGGGAGAAUUCUUUUAUGCAGUGAGAUCAAAUUAAAAUGUAUAACAUUAGAAUAUUGUGUUUUUAAACUAUGUGCCUUUUUAAUUAUUUGUUUUACAGACUUGCGAAUGCUUUUGGAUUGUAUUCAUUUCUUGACAGGGAUAUUUUUGCUUGUAAUGCAUCAUCCAUAGAUGUGCAGGAAAACAUGUAUAUUCAUAUUGAAUGACCAUGCCUGUUUAGCAAGUACUUUAGCUUAUUGUUGCUUCUGAAAAGGGAGUGCUUGAUGUUUUAUAACAUUUUUGUAAAAUGAUAAAAUUUCCACUGUUUUCAGUGCUCAUUUGAAUACAAAAAAACUUGGACAAUC